AAUUCAUCGCGGCCAGCCAAGCCAAUGCCGAUGGUUGGGUUCAAGACAACGUCAAGAACUACCCAGAUGUCAAGUUCCGCUACAUCGCUGUAGGGAACGAAGUUAAGCCCACGGAUUCUUUUGCACGAUUUCUAGUCCCCGCCAUGCAAAACAUCCAAAAUGCACUUGCAGGAGCCGGGCUUAGAAUCAAAGUGUCCACGGCUAUUAACACCGAGCCCCUUGAUGCACCUUAUCUUCCGUCAAACGGAUCUUUCAAGGCCGAAUAUAAGCCUAUUCUUGAUCCCUUAAUCAGUUUCUUGGUGAAAAAUCAAGCUCCAUUGCUCUUUAACUUGUACCCUUCCUUUAGUUAUACUGACAACACUAACAUGAGUCUUGAUUACGGCCUCUUCACGGCUCCCUCACCGGUGGUACCAGAUCCUCCGCUACAAUACAGUAAUCUUUUUGACGCACUACUAGAUACCGUCUACGUAGCCCUUGAGAAGUCCGGCGGGGGUAAUUUAGAGAUUGUGGUGUCAGGAAGCGGCUGGCCUACUGCGGGUGGAAAGUAUACGACAGUUGAAAAUGCGAGAAUUUAUAACAACAAUUUGAUUCAGCAUGUGCAGGGAGGGACUCCGAAGAAGCCAGGAAGGCCCAUUGAGACAUACAUUUUUGCCAUGUUUGAUGAGAAUGAAGAGGGGCCAGAGGAAGUGAGAAAACACUGGGGGCUGUUUUCUCCAAACAAGCAGCCUAAAUAUCAUAUCAACUUCAAUAAUUUAACUAAUCAUAUCAACUUCAAUCAAAUAACUAUGAGGUGUACAAUCAAGUAUUUUCUCUGAGACACUUCUGCCGACGAGGUUGAAUAAAAAUUUUUCCAAACAAAACAUGUUGGUUAAAGAGACGGUUCAAACUUCAAAGCCAUGAAAUAAGAGAGGCUUCCUUCUCACAAAACCAGGCCUGGGAAAAGUUCUGUUUUGAAUGAUGAAUGAUUUGGAAAUGUAACAGAGAACUGCAUGAAAUUAAAAAUUAAAAGACCAAGAAAAACAAAAUGAUUAA